AGGCAGAGGUGACAGCAAAGCCCCAACAGAAGGAGAAAGGGGUGGGUGUUCAUCAUGUCUACUGCCUGUGUUGGGAAUUCUGAAAUGGUGGAGAGCAAACGGAAAGCUCUUCUCGAUCAGUCACAGAAGAGAGCAACCAUGCAGAGGUUCACCAGGUUAACCCUCACCCAUGAUGACACAUACUUGAAGGCUCUACAUAAAACAUGCCACUACCUGAACAGCAAAGACAGCUGACCUGACUCGGGUGUCUCCAGAGCUGUAAGGAACAGGAGGUGUUCAGGGUCUGGGUGGAGCAACACAGAAGCACAUAUCAACUAGAAAAGCAACUGCAGGAAUUGGAUGCCAGUCUCAGUAAGAUGGAGUGGAUCGAGUGCCAACUCUUGCCAACUCCAGAGCAAACAGAGCCGGGGACAGGACGAAACUGAGCUCAUGUUUCCAGAGAGAAGCCAUGAGACAGCAAUCAAAUCAAAGACCACUGACAUUACCCGACACAAACUGAGACUCAUGCAUAACCUCUCGCUCUCUCACAUGGCUGACACCCAAAGGUGAGAGACAUAACUCAUUUAUUUUUAGGUCCAGUAAAAUAUAAUGCAAAUGUACAGUAUACAAAUUCCAUAUUUAUUUGAGCUUUUUUUAUUUCUCAACCCAAGCAGAAUAAUGGCCAAAAAUGGACUCAGUCAUACAAAUCAGGUUAGGCAAAAAGAUGUCAGUCCAAGCUGCUUUAUUCUCAUACAAUGAAAGUAGAUGGUGAUGUAUACUGCCAUGCUCCGGGGAAGAUUAUCAGUGAACAAGACUUUAAAUUGUCAAUUCCUCAAACAAUGGCUUCAGAAAAAUAUAGCACAUACGUUUUUUGUUCUUUUUGGAACUUGGCAGUGUAAAUCACCAUCCACUUUCAUAUGGAAAACAGAAGCCUGAACAUUCUGUCAUAGAUCUCAUUUGGUUUUUCACAGAAGAUUGACAAUAAUUUGGACCAGAAUGGGGGUAAGUUAAUGAUGGCAAAAUCUAGAUUUACUGUUAUUUUAAGACUGGGGUUCAAAAGGCAUUGUGAUUGAUUAACAUGAAGUAGUUUGCAUUUGGUCUCAGCUACAACACUUUUAUUUGAAUGAGAUGGGAGAUUGAUGAGUUUGAUUGUACUUACAACAUCAAAACUCAGAGUUCCAGGUGUGCAACUAAGCCAGACCUCACACAUCUGUCUCUGAGAUAUAAUGUUACAUUUGAGAGUCCACGAUCCCUCAUUGGAAAUCAAAAUACACAGAUCUCAAGGUAAGGAAUUUCUAUACAGUAAAUAAACAGUACAUGCUCAAGAUUGUGUCCAUUAAUUCACUAUUAAACGUUGUUAUAUUUCAUGCCCUCAGCCUCCAGCCUGCUGAGCAAAGGACAGAAGACUCACUCUCUAGUUUUACUGGAGAAACACAUUCAUCAAACACAGAGGUGCCUUUAUGCAUAGAUGACCUGGAUGCUUGUCAUGCUGUUGAGGUUGUUAAUGUCUGUUGUUUCCUACAAUUAACAUUAAUAUGAUAACUCAAUACUAAAAGAACAAUAAUAAUAAUUCCAAAUCAGACUUCAGUCAGCUGCAGUUUUGUUUCAGGUGGAAAGCUCUGACAUGAAGAUGUGGACGAAUUUGACUGAUGUUGAAACCACUUCAAACCUAGAUCUGUGAUUAUAAGAGUUUGUCGGGUUGUUUACGCUAUUUGAAUACCCCCACUGUGCUGAAACGCGUCCGCUUUGUCACCUCUGAAGAAAGAUUCCCACGGGCUUUAAACUCAUAAACAUCCUACAACAUUGAUCGUCUCAACACCUCAGCCGUGCAGAGGGCUUCAGAUCUCCGAACCAAUGGCUUGCCAGACGGCACAUAUCAAAGCGCAAACCAGCCAAUCAGCAAUGUCCUGGUCAAAGCAGGGAGACUUUUUAACUGGGGAGUAUUUAAUUGAAUAGAUGUGAAUGAGCGCUUCGACCUGCUCUAGUUUGACUCACCCAAAGACUCUUUCAGGAGCGCAAGAGCGCACACAAUAGCCUAUUGGACACAUUGGAGACCCCUUUUCUUCUUGGAGGCACUUGGAUAGCAGAAUGGCUUCCGUGGCCAGUGACUGCACGCAGAAGAACAUGCUGUAUCGGGUGGAUCAUUUAUUAAGUGCGGUGGAAAAUGAGCUUCAGGCUGGCAGCGAAAAAGGAGAUCCGACAGAAAGAGACCUUAAAGUCAGUCUGGAUGAACAUGAACUUUGGCAGAAGUUCAAAGAAUUGACAAAUGAAAUGAUAGUGACCAAGAAUGGCAGGCGCAUGUUCCCAGUGCUGAAGGUGAACGUGUCCGGUUUGGAUCCAAACGCCAUGUACUCCUUCUUACUGGAUUUCGUGGCAGCAGACAAUCACAGGUGGAAAUACGUGAACGGUGAAUGGGUAUCUGGUGGCAAACCGGAGCCACAAGUCCCGAGCUGCGUCUACAUCCAUCCAGACUCGCCAAACUUCGGUGCGCACUGGAUGAAAGUUUCAGUCUCCUUUAGUAAAGUGAAACUCACAAAUAAACUGAACGGAGGUGGUCAGAUUAUGUUGAACUCACUGCACAAGUAUGAGCCACGUAUCCAUAUAGUGCGUGUUGGAGGGCCUCAGAGAAUGAUCACCACUCACUCUUUCCCAGAGACGCAGUUCAUAGCAGUUACUGCCUACCAGAAUGAAGAGAUCACUGCUCUCAAAAUUAAAUACAAUCCAUUCGCUAAGGCUUUCCUUGAUGCCAAAGAAAGAUGUGAUCAGAAGGAAAUAAUAGACAAUAUCAUUGACAGUCAACAGUCUGGCUAUUCUCAAUUAAGUAGCUGGUUUCUGCCAGCGACAGGGUCUCUCUGCCCUUCUGCAAACCCUCACGCUCAGUUUGGCAGCCCUCUUUCACUGUCCUCAUCACAUGGCUGUGAACGCUACUCCACUUUGAGAAGCCACCGUCCUGCACCAUACCUCAGUCCAUACGUUCACCGGACAUCCUCUCCCACUGGUUACUCUGACAGCUCCACCUGUCUCUCCAUGUUGCCAUCUCAUGAAAACUGGUCCAGUCUGCAGAUGUCCUCUCACUCCAGUGUGCUGCCUAUGGGCCACAGCUCUCCCCCAAACUCCAACUCCAGUCAGUACACCAGCUUGUGGUCCGUUGGGAACUCACCCUUGACCCCAGUGUCUCAGGCUGGAGGGAUAACCAGCAGUCUGGGUUCUCAGUUUCUAUGCGGCUCUGCCAGUCAUUACAGCAGCCUGACUCACCCGGUUACAGCUCCCCCUUCUGCCUCUCCUCUAUAUGACACUGCUGUGCCUGAGGUGCAUGGGGCCUUUCAAUAUGACAAUUCAGCCCAUGCACGCCUUCCUACCGCAUGGACUCCAGUCACACCACCUUCCUUAUAAGAAGCUGACACUACAGACUCAUUUAAAGCCUUGUACAGCUGAACUAUCACUUUGUUAUGCAAGAACUCCUGACACCAAUUUAUCACUAAAGCUGGAUUAUCUGUUUUUGCAUUUGAAGUUACUCUGGCAUGCAUUGCAUACAAAACCAAAGACUAUGCAGACCAUACCAAAAUCUUCCUCUCAAAACACGCAAUUGUAAAUAAAGGUCAUACAAUUUUGGGUAACACUUUACAUUAAUGUCUCCUAAGGGAUAAUAAAGGGGCUCAUUAAUGAUUAAUAACUUAUUUACAAAUGCAUUAUAAAUUAUCUAUAUGCAGUUAUAACAACACACAUAAAAAGAGUGACUUGCAUACAACACCUGCCAAAUAGUGAGACAUUUGAGACAACAAGCCAAGACAUAAAUGCUUAAUAACAUUUAUUCAAUAUAAGUAACCUAUGAAAAUGUAUCUUAAUGUAAAGUGGACACAUAUGUAGUAUUUAUGAAGGAGUUGCCAACAUUAGAAACCUGUACAUAAAGUUCAGUAGGUUUAACAGAGGUUUAUUAUAUGAUAUAUGCUGUGAAUGAGCAUGAAGAGCUGAAAAGUGUUUUUGCAAAGGACUUUAGGUAACGGACUAGUCACUGUAAGUCGGGACAACACUCGGAGUAGUACCAUUCUUUUGACACUCUUUUAAAACAAGUAAGUCAAGACAUUAAAUUAAUGAAUAUAAAGUUGAUUUAUAAUGCUAGUAAUAUAAAUAAUGAAUUAGGGCAUUUUAUUAUUACUAUUAUUCUUUUUUUAAAUAACUGCAUUUAUUAAUCAUUUAUGACAUGUCAGAAUGC